AUUUGAGAACUGUGUUCCUGUCGCUGCUGUUCACAAUAUUUCCAGCAAAAGAAGAAUCAUGUACCUUCUAUGGCCUCUGCUGUUUCUUCACGUUUCAGCACAACAUCUGACCCUGUAUGAUGACAGACUAAAGCAGCCAAAGCAGGAGGGCAGAGUGCGAUUGGUGGGGGAUCUGCCGUCAUCUGGCCGUGUGGAGGUCUACCAUGAUGGACAGUGGGGUACAGUCUGUGAUGACGGAUGGGAACUGGCUGAAGCACAAGUGGUGUGUCGUCAGCUGGGUUUUCCUGGAGCGAUAUCAGUUAAGCCUGGAGGACAAUAUGGAGAAGGCUCUGGUCCAAUCUGGCUGGAUGAUAUGAACUGUAAAGGCUCGGAGAGCUCAUUGUCUGAAUGCAGCUUCAAAGGCUGGGGUGUUACUGACUGCUCACAUAAAGAGGAUGCAGGAGUGGACUGUGAGACUGGUAAAAACAUAACCAGCAAUCGUCAGUUCUCUGUGGAUAACAGUCUGGGUUUGUCUCAUGAUCUUGGCCUUUUGUUUGACAGUGGAGAUGGUUGUGAUUUCAGAAUUAAUGUACAAGACACCAGUGAAGAAGAAGAACUGACAUUCUGUGUGCACAAAAUGAUCCUCAUGUUUUAUCCAGAACUAAACAUAACAAAUGAUUCCAGAAACAUCGCAGUGAAUGUCAGCCAGACCUGCCAUCCUCAUGUCUCUGCUUUUCUCAGGUAUUUGUACACACGUCAGAUUGAUGUUUCCAUCACGUCUGCUCAAUGUCUGCAUCAGCUGGCGUUUAUCUUUGGAGUGAAGAAGCUUAUGGAGGAUGUCGGCAGGACCUUCACUUUACUCCUUCCUGAAGACAACACCUUCCUUACACAGGUAUCCAUGUACGAGUACGGCGUUCGCACAGGUGAUCUUGUUCUGCAGGAGAACGUCCUUCAGUAUCUUUCCUGGAACUGCGAGUACCUCAUAAGCUCUCCAGUGUGGAGCACCAUCUCCUUUCACAUGAUGGACGCUCUGCUGCAGCGCUCAGACCUGAUUGUGAAUGAUGAAGCUUUUCUUCUUGAAGCUCUGGAGACAUGGAUCCAAGACAAAGGUGAGGAGAUUAGUUCAGAUCAACAGGCCAGUCUCCUGAAUCACAUCCGCUUCCUCUUAAUCCCAGUGGAUAAACUGUAUGAAACGCAGUUUUCCUCAAGCGUUCUCCGUCAGAAUCAUGAGAAACUGUACCUAACUGGUCUGCUCAGAGGUUUUCAGUUCAAUGCUCUGCCCUUCUCUAAGAUCAGGAAUCAAAUGGAUAACAUGAGUAGUGAGUAUCUAUCCAGAAUCUACACUGGAGAUGAGUGGAGUGUAAUUAUCAAUGACACAACCGUCAAUUACCCAUACUAUCACUAUGGCCAAAAUAACAGAAUACAAACCUUCUCCACUCCAGCAUACCCUAGUGCUCUUUACAGAGAACAAAAGGUCCAGUGGAAAGCCCAGGUGUUUCUUAGUGCUCAGGAAUGCUCUAACUAUGGUAUGUCAUGUACAUCCUUUCCUGUUGCAAGGUUUUACGGAUAUGGCAAUCAGGAAAGAUACACUAGCACCAUUCGCUACAGCAACAGGUUGAUUCUCAGCUGUAAGUAUGAAAACAAUGUCUUUCAUGUUCAAGAUUUCAAAAACAGCAUGGCAGUGGUUCCAAAUAACAGCAGUAUGGAUCUGCCAAACCCCUGUCCUGAUGACUACAGUUUUAGAUUUGUAGUGCGUCCAGAGUAUAUCUGACUGCACGGAGUUAUAUUUGGCUUCAGCUAGUUUCCUACAGUAACAGUCAUUCCAUUAUAUUCAUAUCUAGUUGAAUCAAAUCUAUUAAAUUCAGUCAAGUUUUUAAAAAUUGUUAUUUGAUUCUGCAGUGAUUUCUCUUAAAUGUUUCAGCUGAUUUUAAACUUCAUUUAAACACUGUAGAAAUAAAAAUGCUUGAAAGUGCACUUCAAAAAAUACAUGAUCUCUAUCAGUUUGAUUCCUCUUUGACCGACCAGUGUUAAUUUUUAAGAUUUGUUUACAUUUUUGUAUUUAUUAAAUAUAACUAGCCUCAUCAACAUUUAUUAAAUUAUCAGUUAAUAAU